AAGCGCAUUUUUAAAGACAGAAACACACGAUCGAAACAGACUCGAGACGCAGCAUUUUGGGAAGAGGAUUUAAUGAAUGAAAAUUACGUCACUUCGUCUUCGCUCGUAAACAAACUUCACGAAAUGGCGGCGGUACUCGAGGCGGAUCGCAUGAAGAUUUUGACGGCAUGCACAGAUGCAGAAAGUUUUACAAAGAUAUAUUAUGAGUUUUUAGAUAAGAGUCGACACAAACUGAACAAGCUUUAUCUUGACGAAGGUAAAUUAGUAUGGAAUGGAAAUGCCAUCGAGAAGAAAGAGAAUAUUCAAAAGUUCUUUGAAGAGUUGCCCACAAGCACCCAUACUAUAACCUCUUUAGACUCGCAACCUGUUAACACGGAAGCUGUAGGAAGCCAGGCAACCAUUCUAGUGACAACUGCUGGAUUUGUUGUCUUCAAGAAUCGGAAGUCUCCAUUCCAACAGUCAUUCAUCCUUACUGCCAAAGAUGACAAAUGGAAACUGGUUUCUGAUGUAUUUAGGUUUCAAGAUCAAGACAUUACUCCAUGAGGUUAAGGAUUAGAAUUUUUAAGCAAAGUUACUCUCCAUAAUUUUACAGUCAUCAUGAUUCUUUUAUACUGAAAGCCAUUCUGAAAUUAUGUUUUUAUCUACAUGUAUAUGUACUGAUUUUUAAUUUUUCAUAGAAUUUUCAUCAUGUCAGAAGUGUGCAUGUUUGUAUUUUUGACAAUUCAAAUAAAAUGAACCUAAUUUU